CUUUUAAAACUCGACAACUCGUAAUAACACAGGGACGUGUAUGAAGCCUACUUUGGACUGUUGCCGUGUGCAAAACGUAUGUCGUAAAGUCAUACCAGAACUACUUUACGACAGUUUGGUCUAGCGGGAAAUCCAAACGAAGAAGAUGAGCAAAACAGAGGACAGGGUUGCAGUGCAGAGAGAUGACUUGGCACAACUCGCCACUGAGAUCGCACAACUCAGACAGACCUUUCCCCAAGUUGUCAAUAAACGAGUGACCUCUGCAAUCAGCAAGAUCAACCAUUUGGAAACAGAACUUUCCCACCUUCAACAUAAAUAUGAGGAGGCUUUGACAGAAACAGAACACUGGAAAGCACGGUGUGAGGUGGCUAUCACAGACUGCCAGAAGGAAAAGCAGGACAAUAUACAGAUGCGAUGUGAAGUUCGGGACCUGAGUGAACAGCUAGCCCAACAGUCUGACUAUUGCUCCAGUCUGGGAGCAUCCUGCUGUACCCUACUGUGGAGGGUGUCGCGGUGUGAGGAGAGUAUCCAGUCUAUCCUGGUCGGGACCAAAGUGGAUGAGUUUCUGUGUCUGGUUACCAGUACCCUACAGAGCUAUGUGUCAGCCUACAAGGCCGAUUGGCCAAAGGAGGACCAAGAAGAAACACAGUUCAUUUUGGCUCUCUGUGGAAUCAUUACAAAUAUAGCUGCAUCUGCUUAUGGUCGAGACUUCCUCAUCACAAACCAGAAUGGCCGACAGGUGAUUGACGCUUUCCUCAGUGUCUUAUCCGAGGCUCCCAAUGGCAAAAGUGCUCGCUUAAAAAACUUGAUCCUCAUGGCAUUGUACAACAUUAGCAUCAACCAGAAGGGAAUCAAGUAUAUCAACUCUAAAGGGGGCGUACUGGAACUACUGUCCUGGAUCUUACAGAAUGAGAAGGAGAGUGAUAACAAGACUAAUGCCUUACGUCUGAUCCAGUCUAUCCUGUGUGAUGGAGCACGUGUCGGCGCUAUCCUUGAGCUUAACGAAGUGUUACCGAUGUCAGCCUUACAGCAACUUGCCAAGGACAAAAGUGCAGAGGUACGCCAGCUAGUGCAAGAAGUUAUCUCUGACAUUCAACUUAAGUCUCACUCUGAACAAUGACUUAUUCAACUCCCUGCAGUCUCACUCUGAACAGUGACUCAUUCAACAACAUUGCAGUCCCAGUCAAUCAAAACAGUGACUCAUUCAAUCAACUCUUAUCUCUGUCAAUCAGAUCAGUGACUUAUUCCAUCAACUCUAAUCUCGGUUGAUCAGAUCAGUGACUCAUUCAAUCAACUCUAAUCUCAGUCAAUCAGAACACUGACUCAUUCAAUCAACUCUAAUCUCUGUCAAUCAGAUCAGUGACUGAUCGAUCAUUCAAUUAACUCGAAUCUUAGUCAAUCAGAACAGUGACUCAUUCAAUUAACUCUAAUCUCAGUCAAUCAGAUAAGUGACUCAUUCGACUACAUGCAGUCUCACUCAAUCAGAACAGUGACUUAACUCCAGAUUCACUCAGACUUGUGAUUCACUCACUCCAGUCUCACUCAGACUGGUGACAUAUAAAGUUAUAUUUUGCAUUCUGACACACAUGAUGUUCAUGCAGUGUUAACGUGUUGAAUUAUUUAGUUACACAAUUCCAAAAAGUAGUUUCUGAACAAACCUAAGUUAGAACUUUGUUCGUGGCUAAAUUGAUGACAUCGAAGGUGAACUUUAUUGGAGCGGUAACCUGUUUGAUAUUGUCAGUCCACAGUUGUCUAAUCUAUUGUAAUCAUGAAUUUGAUGUUUUAUUGUUUGAGUGUAGGAAGAUGAUGUCUAUUGACAGAUCAUGUUUCCACAUAUACAAUUAAAAUCUUUAAAUUUAAUUCAGUUUAAUGUCUUUAAAAUCCUUCAAUUUUACUUCAUUGCUUUUUGAUGUCCUUAAAUUUAUGUCUUUGAUGUUAAAAUAAAAUCAUGGUUUGUCUU